UAGUAAAACCGAAUAAUGUGGAGUGCUAAAGAGGUACUAGCCAGGUACCACCACAGUAACUGGAACCCCAAGCGCACGAUAGCAAACAUCAACCAGGAAAACACUCGAAUCCGCAAAUAAAAAAAGAAAAUCUCUCCUCUCUAAAACCCUUGAAAAACCCCAUUUUUCUCCUUUCUCUCCCUUUGAUCAUUUCCUCAUAACAACACCAUGAAUAAGCCACUUACUCUGAUCAAACAACACGCUUCAAACCCUAAAGUAUGGUUAGUGAUCGGCGUCACGGUUGCCGGAAUCAUAGUGGUGGCGGAGACACGGAGGCGCAGUCGGAAGGCAGCGUUGAUGAUGAUAAAGCGCGAGGAUUUCGGAGCUUUCAUUGAGAAAUUCGAGAUUCUUCCUUUUCCUCAAGCUCCUCCUCCUGCAGCUAAACAACCUCUCUCCGGGCUCUCAUUUGCCAUCAAGGAUAUUUUUGAUGUGAAAGAUUAUGUGACGGGAUUUGGGAAUCCAGAUUGGAGAAGAACACAUGAAGUUGCUGAAAAAAUGGCAGUGGCAGUUACUGCUCUGUUAAAGAAUGGAGCUACUUGUGUUGGCAAGACUAUUAUGGAUGAAUUAGGAUUGGGGAUAAGUGGUGAAAAUUUGCAUUAUGGAACGCCUAUGAAUCCAAUAAUGCCAUCAUUUGUACCUGGAGGCUCUUCUAGUGGUUCAGCUGUGACUGUUGCAGCCGAGCUUGUUGAUUUUGCUCUUGGCACUGAUACAAUUGGCUGCAUUAGGAUUCCAGCAGCAUUUUGUGGUAUCUUUGGCUAUCGGCCAUCCCAUGGGACUGUAUCUAUGAUUGGAGCGAUUCCAAAUGCACAAAGUUUGGACACAGUUGGAUGGCUUGCACGUGAUCCUUCUAUAUUACGUUGUGUUGGACAUGCUUUACUGAAACUGAAUGCUGUGGAGGCGAGAAAGGCAAGGCGAAUUAUUUUUGCUGAUGAUCUUUUUCAGCUUUGUAAGGUUCCCAAGCAGAAGACUGAAUAUGUUAUUAGUAAAGCCAUUGAAAACCUGUCUGGAUACCAGUCACCAAAGCAUUUGAACUUUGGUCAGUAUAUUGCUUCAAAUGUACCGAGUCUAAAAGGAUUCCUUGAACAAUCUGGGAACCUGCAAAGUGGCACAUCUGCUUUGAAAGCUCUCUCUUCUGUGAUGGUUUCAUUACAAAGAUAUGAAUUCAAAACAAAUCAUGAAGAAUGGGUUAAAUCAGUGAAACCCAAGUUAGCACCUGAUGUCUCUAAUCGUGUUCUUGCAGCUAUUAAUGCUACAUAUGAGAACGUAAAAGUGUUAUACAAAAUCAGGUCUGAGAUGCGAGCUGCCACACAAAGUCUCUUAAAGGAUGAUGGGAUAUUAGUUAUUCCUACGGUUGCAGAUCCUCCGUUGAAGCUUAAUACAAAGAAAGGGUAUUCUCCGGAGUCUCAUGAUAGAGUAAUCAUACUUUCAAGCAUUGCAAGCAUGUCUGGAUGUUGUCAGGUUGCCGUGCCCUUGGGAAAGCAUGAUGACUGUCCUAUCUCUGUUUCAUUUAUCUCGUUCCAUGGAGCUGAUAAGUUUCUUCUUGAUACAAUUGUGGACAUGUACUUAUCCCUUCAAGCGCAAAUCAGCAUUGUUUCUAAUUCACCACUAUUGCCAGAUACCAAUGGAAAUAUGGAUGCCUCAGAACUUUUGAAAGAAAAGGGGAACGCUGCAUUUAAGGGGGGGAAGUGGAAUAAGGCUGUCGAUUACUACACUGAAGCUAUAAAAUUGAAUGGUUCAAAUGCAACUUUCUAUUGCAACCGGGCAGCAGCAUAUUUGGAAUUAGGAUGCUUUCAGCAAGCUGAAGAAGACUGCAGCAUGGCAAUUUCACUUGAUAAAAAGAAUGUGAAGGCAUAUUUGAGGCGUGGAACAGCUAAAGAAUCACUUCUCUACUAUAAAGAGGCUGCUCAAGAUUUCAAGCAUGCUCUUGUACUCGAACCACAUAAUAAGGCAGCUAGAGAGGCUGAAGAAAGACUAAGAAAACUGAUGAGUUGAUGCUUUACUCUUUUCUCAUCCUCCUUCAUACCAAAAAUGGUAUAGCAUUAUAUGAGGAUUCGACCAAAGGCUGCCUUCCUUCUUUUGACACUUUGCCCAAGGAACAAAAGAAAAGAAUGGUGAAGUUCUCUGUUUGUGCAUAGCUCUUUACAGUAGGUACAUUUAUGCUGCUCAAAUGUAUUUUUUUUUACUUGAAAAUGUUUCUUUAUCUUCAAUUUUUCCUUUGAUUACAUGAGAUGAAAAACAAUAGCUGAAAAGGCAGUUGCUAAUUGCCAUGUGUAUCAUGUUGCAAAUUUUGUUCAAGAGAAAAAAAAAAGAUGCGGGUUCUCAUUAGUUGGACGUUUGAGAGUAUCCAAUGCAAUGCUAGAGUUCCUUUUCGGA